CAACUUAGCACAUCCAUAUACACGCGUGUAUAGCUACAUACUUCUGUGCCGCUGGCUGCCCACUCCAAUUGGCCAAACGGACCCAUCUCGCUCGAUCUUUCCGCAACGUCCGGCUCUCUGCUUUUGCCUAUACCGAGCUUGCUUGCUUCUCUCUGUUGUCACCUGUCCCUGCAAUCCCAACCAGUGUCGCAGAUCACAAUGGCCAACUUCACAGAAGCCCUCCCGCCCCUCCCUGCCUACACCUUGGCGCCCCGUCAGCCCCUCGUCCCUCCCAUCCCGGACAACAUCAUGAUCCUCAUCCUCCCCGUCGUCGCGUACUGGGUCGUCUCCAUGGCCUUCCACUGGAUAGAUGUCAACGACUACUUUUCCCAGUACCGCCUCCACACCCCUGAAGAGCUCCUUAAGCGGAACCAUGUCUCCAGGAGCGAGGUUGUCCGCGACGUCAUCGUCCAGCAGAUCAUCCAGACCGCCGUCGGCCUCGGAAUGGCAUACAUUGAUGAACCCGAAUACACCGGCAUGGAGGACUACCAGGUUGCUGUCUGGGCCCGUCGCGUGAGGAUUGCACAGAGAGCCAUGCCACGGCUCCUCGUGCUCGUCGGCCUGGAUCCCACCGGUUUGGCCGGCAAGCUCUCUCACUAUCCAACCCUUGCGGCUGUUGUUUCUGGCGGUACAUACCCAUUUCUCACCCAGGAGAUCGCCUCUGGGACCGGUGAGGCCAUCGUGGCGCCGGCCUUUGCGCGUUGGGAGCUCUCGCUCGCUAGCAUGAUCUAUUGGUACCUGAUCCCGGCCUUUCAAUUCCUCUUUGCUGUCUUCUUCGUAGAUACCUGGCAGUAUUUCCUGCAUCGUGCCAUGCACCUGAAUAAGUGGCUCUACACAACCUUCCAUUCACGGCACCAUCGACUCUACGUGCCCUAUGCUUUCGGUGCUCUGUACAACCAUCCAGUCGAAGGCUUCCUACUUGACACUGCUGGAACUGGACUUGCAUUCCUCAUUUCCCGCAUGAGUUCCCGCCAAGCGAUGUGGUUCUUUACCUGCUCCACCAUCAAAACAAUCGACGAUCACUGCGGAUAUGCUUUCCCAUUUGAUCCCCUGCAGAAAGUUACCUCCAACAACGCCGCAUACCACGACAUCCACCAUCAAAGCUGGGGCAUCAAAACCAACUUUUCUCAGCCUUUCUUCACCUUCUGGGAUCGCCUCUUGAAUACCAGAUGGCAUGGUGAUGUGACUCUCCGGUAUGAACGCUCACGCCUGGCUGCUCAGCGCAUGGUAGAAGCAGAGAAAGCCCAGGAAGGCACUACCAAACCUGGAGUCAAACUCCCGCCAAAAGAAGAGGAGGAGAGCAACUCACGCAGUUUGCUUGCGAAAACUGUCUGCAAAAAGACCACCUCAUUCUCCUCCCAAACGGAACCAUACAAGGGUGCCUCCCACCGGAUCAACAGUAGCAUCCGACAAAAAUAAAUGCUCUGCACCACUGGACAGUGUUGCUCGCUUCGAUUCUAUCGACCCCGGGUAUCUGCUUUAACGACGUUUAUGACGUUCCCACUCAGUCAAGAAUUACUUAUUCCGGAUUAUAGAGUGGCUUUGUUGGACUAGCGUCGCCCCUUUAAUCUUUGAAGCGGCGUGCUCUAUCUUGGUAUUGACAGCGUUUAUCCAAAGCUGCUCUCAACCUAUACCUCUCCGCUUUCCAUUUUUCUUGAUUUCCUUCUUAUGAAGUCUGUGUUAUGACCUCCUCUAAUAAUAAAUAGCCUGGUCUUCCUUGUUUCCUUCUUUAUUUUCUCUUGUAAUCGAUCUCUUUCAUCCUGUUGCACUUUACAUUUUCAUCCCUUCUUGGCCAGACCAUCCACCACCACUUUAUGUAUAUUCUUGUCCGCAUUCCAACCUGAAUUCUGUCUUGUGUAUUUUUAUACAUCGGUGUUGAUCGCUACCUAAAACUUAAUAAUGAACGGUUUAUUUUUUUAUUUUCUUUUU